GAGGAUCGAAUAGUGUAUCCUUGCACUUUGGAAAGACAAGAUCUUCAAUAUUUUGGACCGUUCAAUAUAUAAUUUUGAAUUUAAUAGUGUCGCAUCAUGCAAAUACAUGUCAGUUUUUUGUUCAUUGUCUUCUUGGGAGCUGUGGCAAUUUCGACUGCAAAUCCACUUGAGCAACACGAACGAUGUGCAAAUGAUGAGUUAGAAAAAUCAAACGAGUUCCCAACGCCAAAACCGUUUCUUGACGAACCAGAAAGUGACACGGAGUCAGAAAUGCAAGAUCAAAAUAUCGUCUACAUUCCGCCCAACUUUGACAUUAACCAAAUUAAAGAAAUAACUGGAAUCAAAAGUGAUGCUCACAGUAAAAUCGGACAUUACGUGGGACGUAGUGAAUGCGAGUGUGGACGGCCUGGAGAACGCAGAAUUGUUGGUGGAGAGCCUGCAAAAAUUAACGAAUAUCCGUGGACUGUCGCCCUCCUUCGAAAAAACUGGCUUGGAAUUGUUAGCAUUACUGCUUUUUGUGGAGGCACACUAAUAAACGACAGAUAUGUCGUAACCGCGAGUCAUUGUGUGGAUGGCAUGAAUGCGGGUGGAAUCGUGGUCAGCCUUCAUGAAGAAGAUCAGUUUUCCACCUCUGAAACGUCAGCCGGGUCACAGAAAUUGACUGUCGAAAAGAUUACCAAACAUCCGAAUUAUAACCGAAGAAACAUUGAUAAUGACAUUGCUCUGCUAAAGUUAGCUACCCCAGUUCCUUUGGGCAAUGUUUUUGUUCCGGCAUGUUUACCUGCUGGCAACAACUUUACGUUUGAGGGCGAAAACGCAACUGCUGCAGGAUGGGGAACGACUUCUGAAGGUGGAGCAGUAUCUGGUGUUCUCCGGAAAGUAACUGUCCCAGUGAUGUCCAACUCUGACUGUAAUACAAAGACAAACUAUCAAGGGAAAAUUACGGACAACAUGCUUUGUGCUGGAAACCUUGAAGAAGGUGGAAAGGACUCCUGUCAGGGAGAUAGUGGUGGUCCGUUAACAAUAGAAAAUGGUGGCCGAAGGACUCUAAUUGGGGUCGUUAGUUGGGGAUACGGCUGUGCGAAGCCCAAGUCGCCAGGCGUUUACACACGCGUAGGACGAUUUCCAGAAUGGGUACUCCAAAACACACAAGGUGCGGAGUGGUGCCGUUUGUAAAUCUGACCAGAAAUAUAUCUACAGUUAACUCUACUACUAAAAUAUUGUUACAUUUUAAAUAAAAUGUUCAUAGUUAUGCAUAUCCAUUA